AUGGGAAACACAGAGAAUUUGUUUGAAGCUUGCACCUGCAAAACAAAUAGAGAUAAUAAUGAUUUAUCAGCAAAAUCACCACCUAAGCUCAGCAAGUUUAAAGACAAUAAGGUCAAAAUUUUCGAUUAUACAGGUCUUUUUGAAUCAGCGAAGACACUUGAGCAGUUAAAAUUGAUAAUCCCUCUGUAUGUCCCAAUGGAAAUAAGGGGCUUUAAAGGAACUUUUAUUGGCUCAAAGCACUCUUAUGUAAGAGUUUUAGGAGUUUCAGUAUCAAGAAAGAAAUUCCAUAUGGUUUAUAUUGAAAUUUAUUAUAAAAGCAAUCAGUUUUUAUAUUAAUUUAAAGUAAAUAUAUUAAUUAUAUUAAAAUUUCAGUUUCUCAUUUUUAAUUUAAUAGGGAAAUUAACUCUUUAUUAUUGAUUUAUAAGAAAACCAAUAGAUAUAAUAAACCUCAGGCCUAAUGAUCUCUCUGAAAAAGAACUUAACCAAGAUAUCGGCAGUUUACAAUGGAUUCAUAUAUUCUCGGAAAAAUCUGUAAAUUAUAUAUAGGAGUAUCAGCAAAAUUUCCAAGAUUUUAUUGUGUGGCUUGACUCCAUAAAAGACAAUCCAAAACAAGUUUUAACUUCAGACCAAAAAAAUAUGGGAAAAGUUGUAUAGCCUGAGUAUGAUUCUAGCUCUAGGUCAUUUCUAACAGAAAAAUGAUAUUGGUCUGGACAAUUUUUGUUAGAAAACCAACUCCCAGUGACUAAGCCAUUCUGCUAGUUUUCUCUAAUUUUAAAAAGUUGGCUUUUCACACAAAGUUAGUUAAACCAAAUCCCCUUUUUCUCGCCAAAAAUGAUUAUAAAGGACGAUCUAAACUUAUGUUUGGUCAAUAUAUGAUUUCUUUAGAAGUAUGGGAGUAAGUCCUUCCCCUUCCCCUUAA